AUGCCAAUACACAUAGAACCCAUCACCCAAGUCGAUAUCCCACGUAUGGUUGACAUCCAACAAAGGGCAAUGGGAGCCAGUGCCUUUUUCCGCAGUACUGGAGACGUACCGAAUAUAGACGGGACCCCGGAAGAGGUGUCGGCAUCACCAUGCAGGACCAACAAAAUAUCCCGAGUCUUGCAUAACUGGGAUAAAGACCCCACCUGCUAUUUUCUGAAAGCCGUUGACGACGACUCCGGUGAGAUGAUUGCGUUCGCCAAGUGGCAUGUUUACCAUGGGGCAGAGGGAUUGAAGGAAUGGCGCGCUUCUGUGAGGACGGAUGAGGGUAUGAAAAUUCCGCUGGGAGCAAACGAGGAUGGCUUUCGGUUUUGUAAGGGCAAAUUAAUGGAGAAACGGAGAGCGUUCUUUGGAGAGGAAGGGAGGGAGCAUUGUUUACUGGCAUUGCUAGCUACGGACUCUCGUUAUGAGCGUCGGGGAGCAGCUUCUCUCUUAACGCAGUGGGGUUGCCAUUUUGCUGAUAGGCUUGGGAUUGAGUGCUAUGUCGAGUCGUCGAAAAAGGGAUACCCAGUAUACAAGAGAAAGGGAUUUGAAGAGAUAUCUUCCCUGGAAGACGAGAGUGUUAUACAUUUCGACGCUGGUAGAUUUACAGGUAGGGGAGGGAACGAUGGUGACUGGGUGAAUUUGGUCUGCAUGAUGCGAAAGCCAGGGAGGAGUGUAUCUUAG